CAGCGCGUGGGUAGAGAAAGCCGUUCUUCGUUCUUCUUCCCUCAGCCUUCCUGUGCUGCUUCAGACCAGGUGAUGAUGGUAUAAAUGAAUGCUGAGCAGCAGAUCAGGCACCAAUGACUUACUCAACCUACUUUGCAUCCCAGUUGGAAGAGUGGGCUUUUCUUAAAUACCUGGAGAAAUACUUUUUAUAUGUGGUGCUCUAUUUAGCAGUGCUAGUUGUAGCAAUAAUGGUACUUUUUAUCAUUCCUUUGUGUAUGCUCUUCUUCGUUUACCUUUCUUCCUUAUUUUUACUGAUAUAUCGGAAGACUCAUAAACUACAAGAAGAUUAUUCUAGUAAUAUAUGGAAUAGUGUACGACUAAUUCUAGCAAACAAGUGGGAUAGAUUUGCAAGAUUUUGGCAUGGUUAUGAGCUACAUGGCACAGAAAACCUGCCAGAUGGACCUGGUCUAAUUAUUUAUUAUCAUGGAGCAAUUCCUAUAGACUACAUGUACUUUUUAUCUAGAUUUUUUAUUCUAAAGCGCAGACUUUGUUACUCAGUAGCGGAUGAUUUUGUCUUCAAAUUACCAGGUCUUAAACCACUAAUGGAUCUGAUGGGUAUUAUGCAUGGUACAAAGGAAGAAUGUUUAAAUGCUCUAAAAAAUGGUCAUCUAGUGGGAAUUUCACCAGGGGGAGUUCGAGAAGCACUUUUCAGUGAUCAAUCAUACAAACUUGUAUGGCGAAAACGUAAGGGAUUUGCUGAAGUGGCCCUAAAUGCUAAAGUGCCUGUAAUUCCGAUGUAUACUCAAAAUGUACGUGAAGGAUUUAGGACCUUUGGAAAUAACAGGUUUGCAAGAUGGUUAUAUGAACAUGUACGAUUACCAGUGGUUCCUCCAUAUGGUGGACUUCCAGUCAAAUUUCGGACAUAUAUUGGAGAACCCAUUCCAUAUGAUCCAAAUAUAACUGCUGUGGAAUUAAUGAAAAAGACAAAGGCUGCACUCCAGACUUUGAUUCAAAUGCACCAGCAAAUUCCUGGAAAUAUCUGCAGUGCUUUAAGGGAAAGACUUCUCAAGGAAAAGAAAAAAGACUAAAACUUAGUUGUCAGCUAUAAAAUUGUAAUACUUUGCCCCAGUGAUUUUCUCCAUGUUUAGCUUUUCUGAUCAGUGCAGAGAACUACACUGUCUGCAAGGUCUGCACUAGUCUCACUUCAGCUGACAGUGUGUGGUGGUGUCCUGCCACUGAAGCCAGUAGGCAGCCUGCAGUGUACAUGGGAGAGCUCUGAGGUAUACGAAGAGGUCAAUAUUCUUCAGAAAUAUUAAGAAUUAUAUUCCAGAAUAGGUUAAGAAUUGCAUUCUGUUAAAACUGCUAGAUUAAUGUAGCUUUCAAAAUUUAUUUUCCUCAUGAAAUAUAGGAAACUCACAUUUGACUUCUUCUGUCUUAUAGGGAACAUAUUAUUUGUGUUACAAAAACAAGUUUUCCAAUCAGAAAAUAACUGUUUAGUGACCAUAAACUUAUGUGACUGCACUCUGCCUUCUAUACUGCAACUUAGUUUUUAAUUAUGAAAAACUCAGAAACUUUAAUAUUCUAUUUUCAGUGUUAUAACUUUGAAUAGCAAAAAGACUAGGGCUAUAAUUUUUAGUUCAUUAACCUAUUGAUCACUUAGCAGGUGCCUCCAAUUAAUCUGGAAGCACAUUUUAAAAAUGUAUUUUAAAUACAAAUAUUUACAACAGUUGUGGGUAGCAGAUGUCCUAGGAGUGGUAUGCUUUGGUAUGGUAUAUACAAGUCUUUUCUACAAUGGACCCGCAGCAUCUAAAAAUAGGGGAAAUAAAUGUACUGUUUCCCUCAGAAUUAUUUUACUUAUAUGCAUAUAUAACCAAUUAAUUAAUGUAGCCACUAAAUCUCAUAUGCUCAACUAAUAUCUUCAUUCAUCUUGUAAGCUGAGACUGUUUUCCCUGGAACUCAAUGUUUUUUAGCAAUCACAAAGGAAAGCAUCUUGAAUCCAUCACUUUAUCCUAUGUUUAGAUUCCCUAGCAGCCAGUAAAUAAAAAUUAAUUAGAAAAAAAGC